AUGUCUGCAGACAUUUUUCCCCCAGGUAAGUUAAUGUUGUUGCUAUCAGAAAUUGCUUUCUCCUGUCCCCGAUCUAUCUAUCUAUCUAUCUAUCUAUCUAUCUAUCUAUCUAUCUAUCUGUCAGACUGUUCAUAUUCCUUCUAUCUAUCUAUCUAUCUAUCUAUCUAUCUAUCUAUCUAUCUAUCUAUCUAUCUAUCUAUCUAUGUCAGUCUGUUCAUAUUCCUUCUAUCUAUCUAUCUAUCUAUCUAUCUAUCUAUCUAUCUAUCUAUGUCAGUCUGUUCAUAUGUUAAUGUUGUUGCUAUCAGAAAUUGCUUUCUCCUGUCCUCGAUCUAUCCAUUAUUCCUUCAUCUAUCUAUCUAUCUAUCUAUCUAUCUAUCUAUCUAUCUAUCUAUCUAUCUAUGUCAGUCUGUUCAUAUUCCUUCAUUCAUCUAUCUAUCUUCCUUCAUCUAUCUAUCUAUCUAUUCCUUCAUUCAUCUAUCUAUCCUCAUCUAUCUAUCUUCAUCUGUUCAUAUUCUAUCUCUAUCUCAUCUAUCCUAUCUAUUCAUCUAUCUAUCUAUCUAUCUAUCUAUCUAUCUAUCUAUGUCAGUCUGUUCAUAUGUUAUAUUUGCUUCUAUCUAUCUAUCCAUCUAUCUAUCAUCUAUCUAUCUAUCUAUCUAUCUAUCUAUCUAUCUAUCUAUCUAUCUAUCUAUGUCAGUCUGUUCAUAUUCCUUCUAUCUAUCUAUCUAUCUAUCUAUCUAUCUAUCUAUCUAUCUAUCUAUCUAUGUCAGACUGUUCAUAUUCCUUCUAUCUAUCUAUCUAUCUAUCUAUCUAUCUAUCUAUCUAUCAUUUGUCAUAUUUUCCAUUCAUUCUAUCUAUGUUCAUAUUCAUUCAUCUAUCUAUCUAUCUAUCUAUCCUUCAUUCUAUCUAUCUAUCUAUCUAUCUAUCUAUUCAUCUAUGUCAGUCUGUUCAUAUUCCAUCUAUUCAUCUUCAUCUAUCUAUCUAUCUAUCUAUCUAUCUAUCUAUGAGUCUGUUAGGAAUAUAUCUGUCUCAGCCAUUUUGAUCUUUGUCGCACUUUGUGUCUUCCUGCUUGACUGUGUGCUUAACUGUAUCUAUCUAUCUAUCUAUCUAUCUAUCUAUCUAUCUAUCUAUCUAUCUAUCAAUUUUUUAAUCUUUACAUUUCUAUUUCAAAUAUUUAUAUACCUCCAGUCUAAUCUAUCUAUCUAUCUAUCUAUCUAUCUAUCUAUCUAUCUAUCUAUCUAUCUAUCUAAUUCUAACUAUUCAUCAUUCCUAUCGAUGUAUAUCGAUAUAUUUCUAUGUCGUCUCGAGUUUUUCUGUGUUUCUGUUAACAUCUAUCUAUCUAUCUAUCUAUCUAUCUAUCUAUCUAUCUAUCUAUCUAUCUAUAAUUCCCUCUCGUCUUUCCAGGUGACCGAGUCUUUCAUUCACUGGUCUAUUCUUAUUCAUGUCCUUCGCCCUUUCGGAGCCAGACUCCAUUCUCAAGGGCCCAAUAGCUCCAUUCCCAACCCAGCCAUAGAAACUCAGAAGCUCAGGCCAUCUAUCUAUCUAUCUAUCUAUCUCUAUCUAUCUAUCUGCCUAGUAAUAAGACGUAAAAUCUGUCUGUCUGUUUGUCUAUCUAUCUAUCUAUCUAUCUAUCUAUCUAUCUAUCUAUCUCAGUCUGUUCAUAUCUAUCUAUCUCUGUUCAUAUCUAUCUCAUUCUGUUUAUAUUUAUCUCACUCUGUUCAUAUCUAUCUAUCUAUCUAUCUAUCUAUCUAUCUAUCUAUGUUCCUUUAUAUUAUCUCAUUCUAUCCAUCUACCUGUAUGCAUAUAUGCAUGCAUGUAUCUAUCUAUCUAUCUAUCUAUCUAUCUAUCUAUUUGGGAUAUUUGUAUGCAUGCUAA